ACAAAGAAUAUCUUUAUAUGCAGGAGUUAUCAGUUCUCUAUCCUGUCUAUAUAAGAGAUCGAUCGUAGCAUCAGGGUAACCGCAGUGGGCAGUAGAAUUAUAGAAGUCGAGUCAGAGCUUUGCGUUGCACCAAAAAAGCCAAUAGUCAUGAGCCCCGCAACAGUUCUUCUGGUAGUAGCAGCGCUAUUAGCUUAUCCCGGAACAAAUCAAGCAGAGUCUACUGUUGUAUUUGAAUCUAAGGAAGAAAAUACCGAGCGUGAUAUUCUGUGUGCCAAUUCCAGUUUGGAAAUUGAUUUCGAGAACUUAAGAAUAGCUGAAAUUAAGGACGGAUUUUUGUCAAGCCCACUGAUAAAAUGUUUAAAUUUUCAAGCUAACGGAAUUCAAAGCGUAGGAUAUAGAGCGUUUGAUAAUUUACCAAACUUAAAAUAUCUAGAAUUAUCUAAUAAUCGUUUUGACAUAAAUGAUGUAUUUUUUAAUGCCUUAGACGAAUUAGAAAUACUUGUAUUGAAUGGGGCCUCUUGCAGUAAUUAUGCUCUACAGAUAAGAGGAGUGUAUCCUAGAAUUCGAAAACUGUUUCUAAAAAAUAUUGAUUAUCUAAUAAAUAUUGAAGUCCAUUCUGAGAACGCAUUACCUUCGUUAACACAUUUAUAUUUAUCAGGAAACAGAUUCUCACAUAAUAAUUUUGAGUGGCUUCCAAAAACUUUAGAGUAUUUAGAUCUGUCAGGUCAUGAGUUAGACUCGAUAACACUGAAAUAUUUGCCAAAUUUGAAACGACUUUUCAUUGCAGAACAUUAUCACGACGGAAAUUCACUGCAAGAAAUACAUCUUGAAAAUUUAUCGAGUUUAGAGUAUUUAUCUGUAGCGUCGAAUAGCAUACGCGAAAUAUCGUAUUCUACGUUUGUUAACAUUCCUUCGCUUAUGGACUUGGAUUUAUCCAACAAUGAUAUAAGAUUUAUCGAUGCAAAUGCCCUCGACAGCAUGCGAAAUUUGCGAUUUCUUAAUCUUUCGAAUAAUGACAUAGAAAUCAUACAAAGUGGUACAUUUGAUAAACUGAGCCAUUUAGAAUCUUUGAUUUUGGAAAAAAAUAUCAUCACAAUGUUUCCACCAAUCAGUAACAUGACACAGUUGGAAACAGUACAGUUGAAUUGUAAUAAAAUUAAAAGUAUCGUGGGUGGAAAUUUCGCUAAAAUGCCUGAAUUAAAAUCAUUGUAUUUGCACGAUAAUGAAAUAUCUUAUAUCGACCCGGAAGGUUUUUUAGGUUUGGAAGAAUUAAAGUUACUUACACUUUCCAACAAUAAAUUAUCUGCAUUGCCCAGUGAUUGGAUGUUACCGCUGCUUAGUUUAGAAGAGUUGGAUCUUACAGGAAACCAUUUUAAAGAACUUGGUAACCUAGCCUUGAGUGAAUUCUCAGUAUUAAAAAAUGUAUAUUUAUCUAAUCAAAUAAAAAUAAUGCACGGGCAAGCGAUGCUCAGUGUACCAGAAAAUAUAACCCUCAGUUUCGAUGAAACGUUUGAAUUUAUUGAAACUUGUACAAAAGAUGAAAAUAAAUAUUCUCGUAAUCAUUAUGAAUCCUUAAAAGAAAGCAUGUAUCUCUCAACGCUGCCAAUUUUCGUGCUGCUUUGCACGGGACACAUCGGAAAUGCCUACAACAAUCCAGUGUUCGUGACCGCGCCCGAGAUUCCAAAAGGUCAGUCGCACGUGGCGAGCGGCGUCAAGUGCGAAGACAUGCACGGCAGCUUAUCGCUGAAUCUUCGCAACGUCGGCCUGCAGCACAUCGACUCGGAUUUCGCCAACAGUCCAAACGUCACCUGCCUCAGCCUCGAGGACAACGAAAUCGCCAACGUCUCGGCCAACGCCUUCCGACUCAUGCCCAAUCUGCUCUACCUCAAUCUCGCUCGGAACAAGCUGGACGUCGCGAGUUUUGCUCAGCUCGACCCUCACGCGCACCUCAGAAUCCUCAUCCUCGACGAUAACGCGUUUCCUCCCGCAGCCGAGAACACGACUCUCGCUUUCGCCAACCGAUUUCCCCGUCUGCUGCAGUUGCACCUCCGCGGCCUCGGUCUCACAGACGUGUCGUCGCUCAGCUUCGCGCCGAGAUUAACGCAUCUCUACCUGUCGUCGAACAAUCUCGCGGAUUCGGAGUUAACUUUCCUCCUCAACGCGCCUCCCAAUCUAGAGAUUCUCGAUCUCGCGAACAACAGCCUCACGAGUUUGAACGCCAGCAGUUUGGGAUCGGUAAAGGAACUGCUGCUCGACGGUAAUCAGAUUUCGCGACUCUGCAGAAAAUGUCGGGACUCGUCGGCUCUCGUCCUCGAAGGGGCCUCCGGACUGCUCCGAUUGUUCCUCGCAAACAAUUCGCUGACCAGCGUCGAACCCGAUUCCUUCGACGACUGCGACGAUCUCCUCGAUCUCGAUCUGUCGCACAAUCGGAUCGACAGCAUCAGAAAGAACACCUUCGAGAGAACGCCCUCGUUGCGCAAUCUCUCGCUGAAGGGGAACCUUCUCAGCGAAAUGCCGGACUUUUACAGUUCCCAAGUCCUGGAGUACGUGUCUCUUGCCGAUAAUUUACUGGAAGCCGUGAAAAACGAGUCUUUUGCCGAUCUCCUCAGAUUGAGGAUCAUUGACUUGAGCAACAAUAAGAUCGGUAGCGUGGAGGCCGGCGCGUUCGCGAAAUUGAAUGUGCUCGAGGUUCUCGAUCUUUCGAACAACCGACUGACGAGUUUUCCAAACGGCUGGCUGUGGGAUCUGACGAAUUUGAAGCACUUGCACAUCAACGGAAAUCGGAUCAAACGAUUGGUCGACUUGAAACUCAUCGGCAUGAGAAGUUACGGGAAACUGCAGCACGUUUAUUUGCAAAAUAAUUCCAUCAGCGAGAUUCACGCUGGUUUUCUCUACAGCGGAUUUAGAAAUAUUCCGAACGUCACGCUUGUAUUGUUCGACGAUCAGUCGAAGCGAAUGGCGGCGAGCGCUGAUGUGUGCAAGUGUGAUUGUGAUGAAAUCAAUGAAAUAAGCGACGUUCUCUGAGUAAACGUAUAUGAAGUAACGCGUGUGACAGCGAUGUUUAGCUUUCUCGUCUAAUGUUAUGCUGUGGAUAGCCGCGAUAAUUUUAUUGUAUCAUCGAUUCCUGUAAUAUAGGUCAUUGUUACUCAUUAUCAUCGUAAACUGCAUCUUUAUAUUUUUUGCGAAAUGUACUUCUUAUUUGUGCGGAACAUGAUGCAUUCUGCAUAAGGUGAUAAAAUAUUGUACGCUAAAUGAAUAAAUAUUAUAAAUAUGAAUGAUAA